UAGACGUUUGAGUUGUUUCUAGAUUUCACAUUCCUAAGAUUUUCGAAUAUCUCAUAAAAGUAGAAAUUGCAUUCACAAAAAAAAUGUAGUUGUCUUUACAACUGGUAGAAUUCACAUUCCUCAUAUUUAUAAGUUUAAUUAAAAGUAUAUUGUUCGUUCUAAAAAAAAUAGAUGAACUUGUUUAAUUUGGAAUUCAAUUUCUACUAACCCAUUUUUUGUAGAAGAUGAAAUCUACCUUUCGUUGAACAGAAUUUAAAAUUUUAAUUUAUCAAGUUUUUCAACCCAAAAAAAUAUCAGUUUGUUAAUAUGGAUCUUUCAUCAAUUGUUUCUAUUUUUUAUAAUUAUUUUGAUUCAUAAAACUAUUUAUUUCAUUGACUUUGAGAAACAGAAAAGAUAAAAUGGAGAAAAAAUGUUUUAUACCAAAGAGACAGAAAAGCUGAAUUUUUGUUCCGUUUUAGCAUUGAUCACUGCCCAUGUUUCAUCAUCACUCUACUUAGUUUUCGAGUACAUGGAUCAUGAUCUCUUAGGACUUUCUUCACUCCCCGGUGCUAAGUUCUCAGAGCCUCAGGUUAAAUGUUACAUGCAACAACUUCUAAGUGGGCUUGAACAUUGUCACAGCCGUGGUGUUCUUCAUCGAGAUAUAAAAGGCUCAAAUCUUCUGAUCGACCGUAAUGGAGUCUUGAAGAUAGCAGACUUCGGGUUAGCAACUUUCUUUGACCCUGCCAAAACUAUACCAUUGACUAGCCAUGUUGUCACUCUUUGGUACCGACCACCAGAGCUUUUGCUUGGAGCUUCUCAUUGCGGUGUUGGAGUUGAUCUUUGGAGCACAGGUUGCAUCUUAGGUGAAUUAUAUGCUGGUAAACCGAUCCUACCUGGAAAAACCGAGGUAGAACAGUUGCAUAAAAUCUUCAAGCUAUGUGGUUCACCAUCAGAAAGUUACUGGAGAAAACAUAACUUACCGUCUUCAGCUGGAUUCAGAAGUAGGGUUCCUUAUAGGCGGAAACUAUCACAGAUGUUUAAGGACUUUCCCACGAGUGUUCUUUUGCUUUUAGAGACUUUACUCUCUAUAGACCCUGAUCACGGGAGCUCUGCAGAUAGUGCCCUUGAGAGUGAGGUUACUGGAGGCAGAGGUAUCCGCUUUGUGUUUGCGAAUAUCCCAUGA